AUGGCACGUCGUCUGGUCGAUGUCUACGAGGCUUCCAUGACAUCCUCGGCCACAGCAGCAAUAUUCUCUGCAGAACAGAUACUCCGGGGUCUGCCACGCCUGGCAGCAUCAUUUGCCAUUUGUCAUCAUUUGUUGUGCAAGUCUCUUCGAGAGCAAUAUUUUACCUGUAAGCGAUUGGCCAAGGAACCCAUAUUCAAGACUACUGAAAAGAAGAAGAAGAAGGCCCCAGCCGCUGGUGACAAAAAGAAGAAGGCUACCGUCCCUAAAAAGGCCGCUGGUGAGAAGAAGGCAGCUGCCAAAAAACUCUCUGCCGCAAAGAAGACCGCUGAAAAGAAGAAGGCCAACAAAACAAAGGCAAAUGCUGCCAAGAAAAAAACCGGUACAGUUAAAGCUAAACCAGCAAAGACCACCGCCAAAGCAUCUGCCACUAUGCCAUUGGCACCCAAGGCAAAAAUUGCAACUGCGAAGCCCAGAAAGGCCGCAGCAGCAAAGAAGCCAGCUGCUAAGAAAGUGAAGUGA